CAUUCUUGAUUUAGAGAUAAAUUUGUGGAAAAAAUUGAUGAAAUACAAUUAUUAUCGUAAAAUUCACAAUCAAUUUUUUUACAUUUUCAAAUAUGAUGAAUUAAUGCAAAAACAAAUCAUUGAAAAUAAUUAUCCAAUCGAUACGAAACCAAUUGGCAAGAUAAUGAAUCCACCACAUCAUCAUCCAAUUUUUUUCAUCCCAUCCAUAUUAGUUAUGAUUAUGGCUUUUAUUUAUAUUGGACAAUUCGAAUGGAUUAAAAAUUAUCAAUUUUAUCAAACAAUGAUUAAACUAUUUCCCAGCGAAGGAUUACAUUAUAUAAUGACUACAAUGAUUAUAUGGAUAUUAAAUGGUCUUUUGAAUGGUUUUUAUGCAUCAUCUCGAUAUUAUCAACAUUUCUAUUUUAUAUUACCAAUACAACAUCGAAGAUAUCGUGAAUUGACCACAAAAGAUUCCAAUAAAUAUACAUUGAUUCGAGAUCGUGUAUUUUCAAUGAAUCGUAUAGGAACAUUAACCAUGUGUAUAAUGUUUCUUAUAGGUAUAAUAACAAUGACUAUUCUACAAUCAUUAUGGCAAAUAUCGAUAUUCUGGAUAUUUUUUUGGAUAUUUAAUCUGCAAAUAGGGGGUAUUAAUGGGGUUGCAGGCAUAUAUCAUAUAUCAUCGAUAAUAUUCAUGGCCCAAUAUUAUAUAAAUUUGCGACAAAAAUCACAUGGUCGUACAUUACAACGAUUUUAUGAACGAUUAUCACGUUUUGAGCGUAAACAAAUGAUUCACCAAAAUUUUCGUCAAUUAUUUACAGGAAAAAUGAUUGGACAUUAUUAUCAAUCAUUUGCUCUGUUACAACGUGAAAUUCAUGAUUAUAACCAACAAUUAAAACGUUAUCUAUCGGUCAUUUUCACUUUAAUAACGGUUACAAUAACAUAUAUCGUUUAUCUGAUCUUGAUGACAAAACAGAAUUUUAUAUUUCUAUCACUAUACAUUGUAAUAGCAUACUUUGAAUUUGUGACAUUAUCAGUAUUGAUCAUUGGUUGCAAUAUGAUCAAACAGAACAACGCAAAAACAUUGCGAUUACAACGUAAAUGUUUAACAUUAUCAUCGACAUGUGAACGGAAAUUGAUUUGUAAUUAUUCAUUAUUCAAGUUUGAAACAAUAACAAGUAUUCAAAUGAAUCAACCAUCAGGUUUUCAGCUCGGAAACGGCGUGAUUAUCACAUCAUAUACAUUUGUUUCAUUUCUAGUCAAUAUUAGUUCAUUUUUCUUUCUUAUUUCACAGAAUUUUGGACGAGAAUGAUGAUCUUUUUUUG